CCCAGACUCAGGCCUGAGCUCAGUUUAGUUGAGACAAGCAUAGAGAACACACUAUGAAACGGAUGAGUUUUGCGCUGAUUUUGAUCAGCUGCUGUCUGUUGGGACUGGAGCUAAAUGGCAGCAGUGCGACUGCAACUUUACCCAGCAUGGCGCUAACCAGGCAAGCCAUAGAACUUGGCAUAGAUGCGCCGACAUUGGGUGAAUUGUGGCGCAACAAACAGCCGGUGGUUAUCAGCAAGCCGGACGCAUCGGGUCAGCUGCACACAACAACCUAUAGUCUCUCGCCCGACGAAAAAUCUAUUAUCGUUCGCACUGACCCCGAGGAGCCGCCAGCUCCCAAGCUGGAUCCCAUUCCCAUUACUACCAGCACCACAACUCCGAGUCCCCAGACCGACUGGGAGUAUCUGCCCAAUUCAAUUGGCAAUCGACGUACUUUUACCACCACAAACUUGGGCAGCGAUUGGCCUAGUCUUGGCGGCAGCUUUCCCCUUUUGCCUGGCAGUCGUGACUACCCAAGCUUUGGCUUUCCCGCUGGAGUUACACCUCACACACAAACCAAAACGGAGCAGGACGAUCAAGGCAACAGGGUGACGACAACAAUCAAGACAUAUGGAACACCACUGUUCAGCACCAGCAGCCACAGUUGGUCAACAGGGCCACAGCUGUCAGCCAAUUGGCCAAGCUUUUCAUUUCCUAGUGGCGUCACACCUCAGGUGACCACCAAGAAGGAGCAGGACGAUCAAGGUAACACUGUGACUACCACCACCAAGGUGUACAAAUCAACGGUGCCCAUCAACUGGUUCCCGCAAACCAACGGAGGACUGCCCGAAAGCUGGCAGCGUCGACGCGAUCCAUUUGCCGAGCAAAGACCUCAGUUUUCCUACGGCGACUUUUCGCCAGCAUCUAAUCCAUCAUCAAGUGAUCCGGUGUCGCAGUCAACUCCAACUUUUCUGCCACCACUUCCAACGCGACCAACGCUACAGGCUGAAGUCACUCCCCGGACCAUAACCACCUACAACUUGGAUAGUUUGCCCACUUAUCGGGAAACUAACGAGCUACCCUCGGACAACACUAGAGUAAGAACUUUCACCCAGAGUACCUAUGGCUUAGAUCCACCAACGACGAGUGAGUUGACGCCAGAAAUGCGCAAUCUCCUCGAUCGUGGCGGCAUCACCGACGAGGACAUAAACAAUGCCCGGGCCAGGGGCGAAGAUUUGGUGCGUACGCGAACAACACCCGACGGCAGAAAAAUUACAACCACGGUGCGAGUUAAUUCGACGCCAGUUCUUGCUCCGCUUCCUACAGCACCACCUCAAACAAAUGUCUUAUAUCGAUCCCAGACAGAAGCAGCAGCAGCAGCCCCAGCACCAGCUGAAUCAUCGGACAAGUCUAUUGACAACUUUCUGUCUCAGGUCAAUCUGAAGCCCUCCGAUAUUCUGGAGCACAACGGUGAAGUGGUCAAGACCAUUGUCGAUAAGGACGGUCGGGUGCUGAGUGCCAGGUUUGUGCUUAGCACUGCCAAGGGCGACGAGCAGGGUCAAGGACAAGGGCCACCAACGAAAUGAGGCGAAAAUUGAGAUAAGAUUAAAUAUAAAUAAUAUGUAUGUAAAUAAAUAAAUAUGUGUUUGAACAUUGUUUACAAAUAAAUGAAGGAAAUGCUUCUUA